AAAUGUCAGAAUCUCAUCAGCCUGAUCUUGUUGAAACAUCAAAGGAUGCAUUCAUUGACAUUCUUUCAAAGUUGAAUGACUCACAGUUUCAUAGUUUUGACUCGUUUGUUCGAUCUGCUUUAGAGGAGUAUCAUGGUCAGGUGCACGGUCAACAUGGACAUGGACAUGAGCAUGAGAAUGAAGACGAAGUUGAGAUGGAAACCGAAGAACAGACUGGAGAGUUCCAGCCUGUGAGCGACAUAAAAAUGAUGCGCCUUGGCCGAAUAAUUAAAGAUUUACGGGCUCGCGUUCCUAUCUCUGCAGAAGCACCGGAAGAAAAGACGAUGAUCCCGAAGAGUAAAGAGUUUGCAGACUACAGUGACGAAAACACGGUCCAUGUGGAUGGCUUUCUGUUUACUGAGGAUGAUGUGGAUGAAUUGUGUGACAAGGGACAAUUAUCGCGCAACUAUUGUCUCGAUUGCCGAUCUCGCAAGGUUGCUCCCUUGAAUUUUAUUUCUCAUUCAGCAUCGGUUCUUCAAUUACAAUUCUUGUACCAGGUUGUAUUGGCAGACAAGGUCAAGGAUAAAGUCAUUGUGGAUGUUGGAUCACGCUUGGGCGCAGUAUUGUACUCAGGCCACUUGUUCACAAGAGCACGCAAAUUAAUAGGUGUUGAGAUCAAUACAUGGUUUAGUAAAUUGCAGCAAGAUAUGGUGAACAAGUAUAAGAUGGGAGACCGUAUUCAGAUUAUCAACAAAGAUAUUCAACUGGUUCCUGAAUUGCUUUCUAAGCAAGCAGAUGUGGUCAUUAUGAACAACGUGUUUCAAUUUUUCAAUGAACUUGGGGUGCAGCAACAGAUUUGGAAGUUUAUUCGGUCCGAGACCAUAAAGAAGCCCGGCCUCUUGCUUGUUACUCUACCCUCACUACAAGAGCAGCUUAAGGAAGCUGGUUUAUCUGCUGCUAAACUGAUGAAGGGAUGGGUGAAGGAAGUGAAAUUAGACUACGAAGGAGGAUGGUUCCAUGACGAUUUGAACGAAGACGAGAUUGAUGAGAUUAAGCAAGUGCAUCUUUACAAAGUGCUCUAACAAAUAGCAAUAAGAACAAAGAUAAGCAAACCAAACCAAAACAAUAAUUUAUAUAUAAAAAUACAUAAAUAAAAACCUGUAUUCUAUUCUAU